AUGGAGCAGCUUCUGAGGCGGUUUCUCUACCACGACACAGACUCUGUGGUCUAUGGCAGUGCAGAGACAGAGGUGGACAGGAAUAAGUGCUGUACUUUGUGUAAUAUGUUCUUCACGUCGGCCAUCGUGGCCCAGUCUCACUACCAGGGAAAGACACAUGCUAAGAGAGUACGACUGGUACUGGGAGAAACACCCAGCAUACCUACUACUACCAACAGCCCUACCACCACAGACUCAUCCCCUUCUACCCCCCAGCCCAGUGACUCCACCCCUCCCCAUGCCUCACCUGCCCUACCAUGGCCCUCCUCUCUAGCACCCCCGGUGGCGGUGGUGGGUAGUGGUGGUGGGAGUGGUGAGACAGGGAAGUACUGCUGUCUGUGUGGAGCCUGGUUCAACAAUCCUCUGAUGGCCCAGCAACACUACGAGGGGAAAAAACAUCGCAGGAAUGCAGCCAGAGUGCGACUACUGGAGCAGCUAGCUGGCAGUCUGGACGCUACUGAAACUACAGGUUACUUCCUUAGCGAUGUGGACAUGGAGGAACUUGAAGUUCACGACCUGCUCCACUACAGCCCCAUCGAUGCGGAUGUGGGCUUGCUAGACUCCCCAAUUCCUGUAGUCCACAAUCAGCUCCUUUGUUUAGCUGACUUUGAGGGAAAGGUUGUGCCAGGUCCCUGA